GUGUUAGUUGGAAACGGCGAGCUGCAAAAUGCUGCAUACCAGUAAUGCUUUCUCAGCACAAAGAUGAUGUCAAGAAAAGACCAAAAGCAGAGAGAGGUUUCAGUAAAAGUGGGUCAAGAACUGUGUUGAAAGAGACUGGUGUAUUUCUUCCAGUUGGUUCAGGUAUGGUUGAACAGAGACUUUUGGCAUCACCGAAUAGUUGUGUACACGAUUGAGCAUUAGUGGAAGUAAACACAUGAAAUGUUACUAUGUUUGUACACAUAUUCUUUUUCAGGUGUGUGUUCCAAAUGCAGAAAGAUUCUUGGAGAGGCCCUCGAGGAAAGUGAAGUUAUUUUCCAAAUUAAAGAAUUGACCUGGUAAGUAACUUUUCCUUUUAUUUGAGAGCAAUAAGAGACACAGUUUGAUGUGUGCCGAGCUACACAAGCCGAAAAGUCAAUAGUAUCCACUACCAGUUGAAAUAUUGGUUGUGUCUUAGGACGAGGUUAAAGAUACAUCUGUUCCUCAAGCCCAAAGUACACCAGCUGCAUUUGAUCUUUCCCUUUCUUCUUUGGAGACAAUGGAAAGAACCCUCUAUUCUCCAUCAAAAUACAGGGAUAGCCACAACUAUCACAUCCCAGGAUAGCAGAGCAUACAGUGAUGCAAAUCCAAUUGAUAAGCUGAACGAGUUCCUUCAGAGUAAAGAUGUUAGUCCAAUUAGAUAUCCUGUCAAGGUACCUUGGGAAGAAGCAGUGAGAGAACAGACGCCGCCACAUAGUAAGUCCAAGCAGGCGCUGCACCCAGAUCUAUUGUCAAGUAAUACCUAGGCUAUGCAGUGGAAACUAAUUCAAGGCACUUGGCCGAAGUACACUGCUUCAUAUUUUAUCGGUUUGUUCAGCCUCUGUGCGAAAAUCUUUGCAGGCCUCGACUACAUUAGCUCUGCAGGGGCACAAGCAUUUGAUGAUCUUAGCAUUGUAGUUGAUCAUCUUGGAGAGAAUUUAUGGGGAUGGAAUGGGCUAAAGAUCAGAAGACCGCCUUAAAUCUGCCAAACGCUACUUAAAAAGCGACUUUAAGGUAUAUCUGAAUAAUUACUUACCAUACAAUUAUACUGAGUAUAUAAUCGUCAGUACAUUUAUAAAAUGUUGUUCUUUUCUUGUAUACAAGGUACACAUAUCCAAAGAAUCCACCACUGCAGGAAGUACUCACUUAGUGAUCCAAAAGACAAAGAUUUCCAAACCAAAAGUGAUCACCACCACUUCGACACCUGUGACCGUUGCGAGUCGCUGUCACUGGUCUUGAAUGAAAUAAGUGGAGCAGUGGCUAAGAUGUCUGACAACAAUGUUUCGGUUGAUACAAAAGAAGAGCUGGAAUUUACUGUGAAGAAAGCUAAACAAGACAUACUAGAUGGAAGGCGCAUCUGCUGUGAAAUAUUAAUCAAGAUGAAGCACGACUUGACAUCAUUGAAGCUUUAA